AUGGCUCAUAAGUUGAGGGCAAGUCUGAGAGGUGGGUAUGAGUUUUUAAAGCCCAAAGUAGUUGAGUAUAAAAAUUCAAGGAGGGAUAUCAACAGGGUUAUUGGUUAUAAAGAUGCCCAAAUGAUAGUAAACACAAUGAAUGAUCAUCGAGCUCACUAUCCAAAUUACUCAUUUGAGUUUAAUUGUCAAGACGAUGUUUUGGACAUUAUGUUUUGGGUGAUGUUAUAUCGUUUGAUGCGACUUUCUGAACAAACAAGUGUCGAAUGGUUUUUCUUCCAUUUACUGCUAUUCACCAUCAUAAAAACUCGGUUACUGUUGGAUCGGGGUUGCUUAACAAUGAAAGCAUUGAGUCUUACUAUAUCAAAUGAUUUAUUUACGAACACGGACUUUAGGAAAAGGUUCUCAAAGCUUGUUUGGGACAUUAAUAUCAAACCUGAUGUUUUUGAGGUGCAGUGUGGUUUGCUUAUGAAGGAAUUCAAUCUUGAAGACACAAGAUGGUUUAAAUACAUGUUUACAAUACGUGAUUCAUGGAUACCUAUAUAUUUUAGUGAUAUUCCAAUGUGUGGUUUGAUGAAGACUACGUCGAGGUCAGAGAGUAUGAAUUCAUUCUUUAAUACAUUCUCAGGAAGUGAGAACUUAAUUUUGAAUUUCAUGAUAAAUUAUGACACUGCCAUUCAAAAGCAAAGGAAUACUCAACGAGAGCUUGAUACGGCAUCAAUGAAAGCAUCAUAUAAAAUACAAACACCUCGAAAAAUAAAACUGCAAGCAUCAAAGGUUUAUACAAGUACAUUAUUUUUUAAGGUGCAAAAAGAAAUAUAUGAAGCAUGUUUUUUCUGUACAUACUCGUAUGUUGGUAUUGAAGAUGGUUGGGAAGUUAAAAAUGUGAAGCACCACAAUAGUAAAAGCGAAUUUAAAAUUGAAUUUAAGGUUCUAAUAAUAGCUGAAGAGAAAGAAAUAAAUUGUAGUUGUGAACAUUUUAAGCGUAUGGGUGUUUUGUGCAGACAUGCUUUUACAAUAAUGAUGAGAUGUUGUGUUAAAGAAAUUCCUGAAAGUUUUGAAUCAUGUUUGGAUAUUGUAAGAGACGACAAAAAGAAAUUGAUUUUGUUUGCUGAGAAACAAUAA